AUGGACGACCUCUUCGACGUCUUCGAUGGCGAGCCCGCCGGCGCCGCACAGCACGCGCCCAAGAAAAGCAAGCGGACCAAGAAGCGCCAGGCCAACGGCGCCGUCAAGUCGCCCGUCGCCGACUCGCCCAUGUCAGACGCGCCGGCAGCGGGCAGCGACGGGCCGUCCGAGGACAACGAGACGGGCAGCGCUGCGCCACAGCACCUCAAGCGGCAGAAGCGCGACGUCGAGCCCGAGGCCAUUGUCACCGACGACUUCGAGACGGAGCAGACGCGCGAGAUCGCCGCCGCCGCCGGCCUGCAGGCCCAGACGGUGCAGGACGGCCAGGGUGUCGUGCUCUCGCACCAGGUCCGCCACCAGGUCUCGCUCCCGCCCGACUACGACUACGUCCCCAUCUCCGGGCACAAGGCCCCCGCCGAGCCUGCACGCGUGUGGCCCUUCACCCUCGACCCCUUCCAGCAGGUCUCGAUUGCCUCGAUCCAGCGCAACGAGAGCGUCUUGGUCUCGGCGCACACCUCGGCCGGCAAGACGGUCGUGGCCGAGUACGCCAUCGCGCAGUGUCUGAAGAACAACCAGCGAGUCAUCUACACGAGCCCCAUCAAGGCCCUCAGCAACCAGAAGUACCGCGAGUUCAUGGCAGAGUUCGGCGACGUUGGCCUCAUGACGGGCGAUGUCACCAUCAACCCCACCGCGACCUGCCUGGUCAUGACCACCGAGAUUCUGCGCUCCAUGCUGUACCGCGGCUCCGAGAUCAUGCGCGAAGUCGCCUGGGUCGUCUUCGACGAGGUCCACUAUCUGCGUGACAAGUCGCGCGGUGUCGUCUGGGAGGAGACCAUCAUCCUCCUGCCAGACAAGGUCCGCUACGUCUUCCUGUCCGCCACGAUCCCCAACGCCAUGCAGUUCGCCGAGUGGAUCACAAAGACACACAGCCAGCCGUGCCACGUCGUCUACACCGACUUCCGCCCGACGCCCCUGCAGCACUACUUCUUCCCCCAGGGUGCAGACGGUAUCCACCUGGUCGUCGACGAGAAGGGCGUGUUCCGAGAGGAGAACUUCCAGAAGGCCAUGACGUCGAUCGCAGACAAGGCCGGAUCCGCCGCCAACGACUUCCUCGCCAAACGCAAGGGCAAGGGCAAGGACAAGAAGACCAACACUGGCGGCAACAAAGAAGGCUCCGACAUCUACAAGAUCGUCAAGAUGAUCAUGGUCAAGAGCUACAACCCAGUCAUUGUCUUCAGUUUCAGCAAGCGCGACUGCGAGAACUAUGCCCUGUCCAUGAGCCAGCUUUCGUUCAACGAUGACUCGGAGAAAGCCAUGGUCUCCAAGGUCUUCAGCAGCGCCAUUGAGAUGCUGUCGGAAGAGGACCGUGCUUUGCCCCAGAUCCAGCACAUUCUUCCCCUUUUGCGAAGAGGUAUUGGCGUUCAUCACUCGGGCCUACUGCCCAUCCUCAAGGAGACCAUUGAGAUUCUGUUCCAGGAGGGUCUGAUCAAGGUCCUGUUCGCGACCGAAACCUUCUCCAUUGGUCUGAACAUGCCGGCCAAGACCGUCGUCUUCACGAGUGUUCGCAAAUUCGAUGGUGUGGCUCAGAGAUGGGUGACCCCGUCCGAGUUCAUCCAGAUGUCUGGUCGUGCUGGUCGUCGUGGUCUCGAUGACCGUGGUAUUGUCAUUAUGAUGAUCGACCAGCAGAUGGACCCUGCCGUUGCAAAGGAGAUUGUUCGUGGACAGCAAGACAACCUGAACUCUGCGUUUUAUCUGGGAUACAACAUGAUUCUGAACCUGAUGCGUGUCGAAGGCAUCUCACCGGAGUUUAUGCUGGAGCGCUGUUUCUUCCAGUUCCAGAACACGGCUGGUGUGUCUAGCUUGGAGAAGCAGCUUGGAGAGCUCGAGAAUGAAAAGGCCAGCACAGUCAUCACCGACGAGGCCACGGUCAAGGACUACUACAACCUGCGACAGCAGCUGGACAGCCACACCAAAGACAUGCGCGAUGUCAUCAUGCAUCCCAAUUACUGCCUCCCGUUCUUGCAGGCUGGUCGCUUAGUCAAGAUCAAGUUCAAGAACCAUGACUUUGGGUGGGGUGCUGUUGUCGCUUUCACGCCCAGGAGGGCCAACAAGGGUGAGAGUCUGCAACCACAAGAGUCGUAUGUUGUCGAUGUGUUGCUGUCGGUCGCGAGCGAUAGCAAAUUCGCACCACAGGCAAACGACGGGCUGCCACCAGGCGUUCGCCCACCACCCGCAGGAGAGAAGGGUAAGAUGGAGGUCGUACCCGUCUUACUGAGCUGCAUCGAGUCGAUAGGACAUCUGCGUGUCUUCUUGCCAAACGAGCUGAAGUCGACUGAACAGAAGAACGGCGUUCGCAAGGCGCUGGAUGAAGUCAGGAAGCGUUUCCCGGAUGGUAUCGCCAUUCUCGACCCUAUUGAGAACAUGAAGAUUACAGAUGAAAGCUUCAAGCGCUUAUUGAGGAAAAUCGAGGUGCUUGAGUCUCGCCUCUUGUCGAACCCUCUUCACAACUCGCCCAGAUUGCCGGAGCUGUACCGGCAGUACGCGACCAAGAUGGCGCUUACGGACAAGAUCAAGCAGAUCAAGAAGGAGAUUGCCGACGCCCUGUCUGUCAUCCAGCUCGACGAGCUGAAGAGCAGGAAGCGAGUGCUGCGACGUCUAGGCUUCAUUGACGAAGCCGACGUGGUUCAGCUCAAGGCACGCGUUGCUUGCGAGAUCAGUACCGGUGACGAACUCGUCCUCAGCGAGUUGCUGUUCAAUCGCUUCUUCAACGAGCUCACACCAGAGCAGUGUGCUGCCUGUUUGAGUUGCUUCAUCUUUGAAGAGAAGAGCAGCGAAGUUCCAGCGUUGAAGGAGGAGCUUGCCAAGCCGUACCGCGAAAUCCAGCAGCAAGCCAGGGUGAUUGCGAAGAUAUCGCAGGAGAGCAAGCUCACGGUCAACGAGGAAGAGUACCUCAAGACGUUCAAGUACGAGCUGAUGGAUGUUGUCUUUGCGUGGUCCAAGGGCGCAACGUUUGCUCAGAUUUGCAAAAUGACGGAUGUGUACGAAGGCAGUCUGAUUCGCCUGUUCCGACGGCUCGAAGAGCUGCUGCGGCAGAUCGCUCAGGCCGCCAAAGUGAUGGGCAGUGAAGAGCUCGAGCAGAAGUUCACCGCCGCGCUCGAGCUGGUCCGACGAGACUUGGUGGCAGCCCAGUCCUUGUACCUCUGA